CUCCCUUGACACCCAGAGCCACAAUGGCAGAGCUACCCGUGACAGAGAUACCUGGGGAUGCUCUGUGCAGUGGGCGCUUCACCAUCAGCACACUGCUGGGGGGUGAUGAGCCCCCACUGACUGCCUGUGACAGCAGCCAGCCCAGCCACCUGACACAUGGCAGCACCUUGUACAUGCGCACCUUCGGUUACAACACCAUUGAUGUGGUGCCUGCAUACGAACAUUAUGCUAACAGUGCCCUGCCUGGCGAACCUCGGAAGGUGCGGCCCACUCUGGCCGACCUGCAUUCUUUCCUCAAGCAGGAAGGCAGCCACCUACAUGCCCUGGCUUUUGAUGGACGACCAAGCCAUGAGCUGACUGAUGGGCUCGUGGAGGAUGAAGUGGGCACUGACAGCGAGAAGAGCCCUGGGGAGCCCGUGCGCUUUGGCUGGGUCAAGGGGGUGAUGAUCCGAUGCAUGCUCAACAUCUGGGGCGUGAUCCUCUACCUGCGGCUCCCCUGGAUUACUGCACAGGCUGGCAUUGUGCUGACCUGGCUCAUCAUCCUGCUCUCCGUCAUGGUAACAUCCAUCACAGGCCUUUCCAUCUCAGCAAUCUCCACCAACGGCAAGGUCAAGUCAGGUGGCACCUACUUCCUCAUUUCUCGGAGUUUGGGCCCAGAGCUGGGGGGCUCCAUUGGCCUCAUCUUUGCCUUCGCCAAUGCUGUGGGUGUGGCCAUGCACACAGUGGGCUUUGCAGAGACUGUACAGGACCUGCUCCAGGAAUAUGGCACACCCAUUGUGGACCCCAUCAAUGACAUCCGCAUCAUCGGCGUGGUCACUGUUACGGUGUUGCUGGCCAUCUCCCUGGCUGGCAUGGAGUGGGAGUCCAAGGCCCAGGUCCUAUUCUUCCUCGUUAUCAUGGUCUCCUUUGCCAACUACCUGGUAGGGACGCUGAUCCCUGCAUCCGAGGACAAGGCCUCCAAAGGCUUCUUCAGCUACCAUGGAGAUAUUUUUAUUCAGAACUUGGUGCCUGACUGGAGGGGUGCUGAUGGUAGCUUCUUCGGGAUGUUCUCCAUCUUCUUUCCCUCAGCCACAGGCAUCCUGGCAGGGGCCAACAUCUCCGGGGACCUCAAGGACCCUGCUGUAGCCAUCCCCAAGGGAACACUCAUGGCCAUUUUCUGGACCACCAUCUCUUACCUCGCCAUCUCAGCCACCAUUGGCUCCUGUGUGGUGCGUGAUGCCUCUGGGGAUCUGAAUGACACCUUGACUUCUGCCUCCGGAGCCUGUGAGGGGCUAGCCUGUGGCUAUGGCUGGAACUUCACUGAAUGUUCCCAGCAGCACACCUGCCACUAUGGCCUCAUCAACUACUACCAGACCAUGAGCAUGGUGUCAGCCUUUGCACCCCUGAUCACAGCUGGCAUCUUUGGGGCCACCCUGUCCUCUGCCUUGGCCUGUCUUGUCUCUGCUGCCAAGGUCUUCCAGUGCCUGUGCCAGGACCAGCUGUACCCUCUGAUUGGCUUCUUUGGCAAAGGCUAUGGCAAGAACAAGGAGCCCAUCCGUGGCUACCUGCUGGCCUACGCCAUUGCCGUGGCCUUCAUCAUCAUCGCUGAGCUCAACACCAUUGCUCCCAUCAUUUCCAACUUCUUCCUCUGCUCCUACGCCCUCAUCAACUUCAGCUGCUUCCACGCCUCCAUCACCAACUCACCCGGGUGGAGACCCUCCUUCCGGUACUACAGCAAGUGGGCAGCACUGUUCGGAGCAGUGAUCUCCGUGGUCAUCAUGUUCCUACUCACCUGGUGGGCAGCCCUGAUAGCCAUCGGAGUCAUCUUCUUCCUCCUGCUUUAUGUGAUCUACAAGAAGCCAGAGGUAAACUGGGGCUCCUCAGUGCAGGCUGGUUCCUACAACCUGGCCCUGAACUACUCUGUGGGCCUCAAUGAGGUGGAAGACCACAUCAAGAACUAUCGCCCCCAGUGCCUGGUGCUCACAGGGCCCCCCAACUUCCGCCCAGCCUUAGUGGACUUCGUAAGCACCUUUACCCAGAACCUAAGUCUGAUGAUCUGCGGCCAUGUGCUCAUUGGACCACGAAAGCAGAAGAUGCCUGAGCUGCGGCUCAUCGCCAGCAGGUACACCAAGUGGCUGAACAAGAGGAAGAUCAAGGCCUUCUACUCUGAUGUCAUUGCUGAGGACCUCCGCAGCGGUGUCCAGAUUCUCAUGCAGGCCUCAGGGCUGGGAAGAAUAAGGCCCAACAUUCUGGUGAUAGGGUUCAAGAAGAAUUGGCAGUCUGCUCACCCGGCCACAGUGGAAGAUUACAUCGGCAUCCUGCAUGAUGCCUUUGAUUUCAACUACGGGGUGUGCGUCAUGAGGAUGUGUGAGGGGCUCAAUGUUCCUGACAUGAUGCAGAUGCACACUAACCCCAUGCUUGAUCCAGCAGAGGAUGGCAAGGGCACCAGUGGCAGUGGGGCCAGACCAUCAGUAUCAGGCACAGCAGGCCCGGAGGUGUUGGUGCAGGAGGAGCAGGCCAGCACCAUCUUCCAGUCGGAGCAGGGGAAGAAGACCAUCGACAUCUACUGGCUGUUUGAUGAUGGAGGCCUCACCCUCCUCAUUCCCUACCUUCUGCACCGAAAGAAGAGAUGGGGCAAAUGCAAGAUCCGCGUGUUUGUUGGCGGCCAGAUCAACAGGAUGGAUGAGGAGAGAAAGGCGAUCAUUUCUCUGCUGAGCAAAUUCAGACUGGGAUUUCAUGAAGUCCACAUCCUUCCUGACAUCAAUCAGAAGCCUCAGGCUGAGCACACCAAGAGGUUUGAGGACAUGAUCGCACCCUUCCGUCUGAAUGAUGGCUUCAAAGACGAAGCCACUGUUUCGGAGAUGAGGCGGGACUGUCCCUGGAAGAUCUCGGAUGAGGAGAUUAAUAAGAACAGAAUCAAGUCCCUUCGGCAGGUGAGGUUGAAUGAGAUCCUGUUGGACUACUCUCAGGAUGCUGCUUUAGUCAUCGUCACUUUGCCCAUAGGGAGGAAGGGGAAGUGCCCCAGUUCACUGUACAUGGCCUGGCUGGAGACCUUGUCCCAGGAUCUCAGACCUCCUGUUGUUCUGAUCCGAGGCAACCAGGAGAACGUGCUCACCUUUUACUGCCAGUGAUGCCAGGUCCAGCCAGUCCUGCCUGAAGUUGAGGGCAUGGAGGACAAGUCAGAACUCGCCCUCUCCAGCCCAGGGAACAGCCUCGUGUUCUGUUGCACACUGAGUCAUGGCAUCCGAUGGUCCUUCUGCAGAAAAGGAUGUGUUUUCAAACUGACUGGACCCUGUGAGACAUGCCCUCGGGGCCUUGUUCUCAUGGGAAAGUAUCAGCUGGUGUUGUAUGCUGUCUCCCUCUGAAAGAUGCUAUCUCUUCAAAAAAGUUUUAAUUUGUCUUGAUGGCCAUUAAUUAGGACAUCAGUCUUUGAUUUGUAUUAAAUUAAGUCCCAGUGCUGGGUGUGCA